AUGGCAACCCUGGAGGUGGAAGGCUCUGUAUCCAGGGUUCAACAAACAGAACUAUUUGAAUCAGAAUUGGCCCAAAAAGAAAUUGUUGCUGCAUUUACCGCAGCCUGUCAGCUCUUCCUGGAGUGCUCUAGUUUUCCUGUCUAUAUUGCGGAAGGCAACCUGAAACCCUCAGCAUCACAAGACGAGCAACUUAACAAUGAGCAGGUGGGCCUCCCCAUCUGGCUGCAGAACCUGAUGGAUGCCUGUUGCUUGGCCACAGACUUCUGCUUUCAGGGUGUUGCUAUCUCGUUGCUCAUGGAUCUGGUGGGUCUCACACAAUCGGUUGCAAUGGUGGCAGCCGAAAGUGUGGCAUCAGGGGGCAACUCUGAAUCAACCCAACCCAUGAGCCCCAGCCAGGGACGAGUGGCUGUGGUCAUCAGACCUCCACUCACUCAGGGAAUCCUCAAAUACAUUGCAGACAAGACCAAUUUCUUUAAAAGUGUGGCUUUGAUUCUGUGGGAGCAGCUAAGUGAAGCAACACCUCAGCACCAUCAACGCAGUGUGGAACUUUUCUAUCAACUCCACAACCUGGUGCCAUCCUCCAGUAUCUGCGAGGAUGUUAUCAGCAAGCAGCUCAUGCACCGGGAUAAGAGAAUACGACUGGAGGCCCAUGUGAAGUUUUCCAUUCUCUGGCACUUAACAAGAGAUUUGAAUAUGACUAAGUCAUCUCCUUUUAAUCGCACUUUUGACAGGUCACUCUUCAUUAUGCUGGACAGUCUGUGUUAUUGGGACCCCUGUACCAGUGCAGUGGGUCGCGCUUGGUUGAAUCAAGUCCUUCAACGCCAUGACAUUGCCCGGGUUUUAGAGCCACUUUUGCUUCUUCUGCUUCACCCAAAGACCCACAGAGUGUCCAUUCAGAGAGUCCAGGCCCAGCGCUAUUGGGCAAGAGUGUUUCCUGCACCCUCUGAACAGGAGACCCCUGAUACGUUUUACAACAGAGACUCUGGCUUCUCAGAGAAUGUAAGUCAUCUUAAUGGGACAAGAAUGACACAAGAGGAGCUGCAGUGCUUGGCAUUAAAUGAUAUGGAGCCAUUUUGCCUUACAGUUAACCCACUGAGUGACAGUCUGUCUUUGUUAAGUCUGAGCAGUGAGAAUUUGCAACUGGCUUGUGAAUACCGACCCAGUGACCAGCAGGGGGAGCCACAGAGCUCCGAGUCGACUGCCUCACAGUCAUCUACAGUGGAAAACGGCAGUUUUGAAGACCCUGAAGGCGCAAAUCUCACUACAUCAGAGCAGCAGACCGGCUCAUCGGAUUACAUGUCAGACGAUUCAAUUGAAAUGGCAGUGUCCGGUGUUAUACAAGAGCUAAUUGAAAGAGUUUUAAAUUUAGUAGAUGAGGGAGAAGGAUCAAAUGUGAAUGAAAACUGGCCACAGACUGAUACAGACAGUACUUCUUCAGAUACUUCUACUGGAAUCCAACUUGACCAAGGACCCCCACUUGGAUCUAAUCAUCAAACUUUACCUGAAAUGUUAGCUGAAGGCACACUGGAGUUUCUCUCAGUACCAUCAUCUGAGGUAACAACAGAAGACCAGCACAAAGAGGGAAUAACUCGCCACAGCUCUUCCCCUUCAAUUGUAACAUUGCCAGACAGCUUAGAUCCAGCCACUCCUGACCACAGUUUGCACGUGGAUGACCCCCAAACACGCAAGCGUAGCCAUAGUAGCACCCAGCUCAGCUUAAAAGGCAAGAUUAUGGAAAAACUAGCUGACAAAUCUCCUGGUGCUAAACCCAAGAUCAAAAAGUCAAAAAGGAAGGAAGAAGAGAGGCAGAAGAAAGCUGCCAAUCAAAAUGACAAGCUAAGACCUCCAAGUAUUUUCUUUGGAGACAGUCUGGAUUUGGAAAACUGGUACAGCUGCGGAGAAGGGGAGGUAUCAGAGAUUGAGAGUGACAUGGGCUCUCCAAGUGGAGGAUCGGUUGGGCCUGUGGGUGGUGGCACUGUCCCAGGGCGUAGAGCAUCCUCUGCACCACCUCGCUUCAAUAUCCAUCCUCUAUACCAGCACGUUCUGCUAUAUUUACAGCUAUACGACUCCUCUCGCACACUCCACGCACUGUCAGCUGUAGCUGCAAUGUUAAGAGCAGCUCCUUCAGGGUUUGUAAGCGCCAUCUCCACAACUAGCAUCAACAACACCUACACUCCACAGCUCUCCCUGCUCCAGAAUCUCCUUGCCCGUCACAGAGUUUCAGUAAUGGGCAAAGAUUUUUACUGCCCCAUCCCACAAGACUCACACUCCCAUUCAUUUCGCAGUGCAAUGUAUUUGGAAAUCAUCAUAUCUUUGUGUCUUUAUUUUCUGAGAAGUUACUAUUCUGCGCAUGUCACUGUUGGUUCACAGGACUUGGCUGGAAACAGAGCCAUGCAGCUCACCAGUGUUGAGGUCUUGACCCUGCUUUUCAAUGAGCUUGCUAAAGCCACCGGAGGAUCCGCAAAGGGCUUUGCCAGUUUUAUCAGUGAUGUCCUUUCUAAAUGCAAGGUUCAAAAGGUGGUGCUUCAUUGUUUGCUCUCCACAAUAUUCAGUGCACAGAAAUGGCACGAGCAGCGAGUUGCCGGAGUCAACGUGGCAACAGUGGAAGAAGGCUUGUCAGAAGACAGCAUUAUUAACCUUUCUGAGGACCAGAUAGAUAGUUGCAGUGCUGUCCAGUCUCAGCUGUUAAGAUUACUGCAAAGCCUGGUCGUCCUUGAGCAUAGGGUUAUGGUGCCAGCCGAGGAGGGGGGAGAAGGUGGUCCUGCAGGGGGAGGGGCAGGAGGACCUGGGCCAGGCACUGGUUCUGGGGCAGGUUUUGAAAUUCUCGGUGGAGAAGUGGAGCAUGUGAAUCCUCAGCAGCCAAUGACAUCGCUGCAGUACCUCCCUGGUCAGCCAAUCACAGCACAAGGUUUGUUUCUGUGUGCGGUCAUCAGGGCGCUCCAUCAACAUCACUCCUGUAAGAUGCACCCCCAGUGGAUUGGGCUCAUCACAGCCACCCUGCCGUACAUGGGGCGUGUUUUGAGGAGGGUGGUGGCUUCAGUCACUCUACAACUCUGUAGGAACCUAGACAACUUACUGCAGCAGUACCGCUAUGAGACGGGAAUUAGUGAUAGCAGGCCCUCUUGGAUGGCCCUAUGUAUUCCUCCUGAUCUUAUUCUAACUGUACUGGAAGGAGUGACUGCCAUAAUUCACUACUGUCUGCUGGACCCUACUUCCCAAUACCACCAGUUACAAGUGAGUGUAGACCAGAAGCACUUGGCAGAGGCCCGUUCAGGAAUCCUGUCCAUCCUCCACACCAUCAUGUCAUCAGUCACUCUGCUGUGGAGCCUGCUUCACCAGGCAGACAGCUCAGACAAGCCCGCUGCUGCUUCUGCCUGCUCAACGUCCAACAUCAAUCUGGGCUCCACAAAGAACCUUCGGCAACAGAUCCUUGAACUGCUGGGUCCAAUUUCCAUGAACCAUGGGGCCCACUUUAUGGCAGCAAUAGCCUAUGUGUGGAACGAACGUAAGCAAGUCAAGGGUCCUGUGAGAAAUAAGGUUAUCCCUGUAGCCAGUGAAGAACAGCUGCUCCUAGUUGAGUUGGUUCGCUCUGUGAGUGCCAUGAGGACUGAAACUGUCAUGCAAACUGUCAAAGAAGUUUUGAAACAGCCUCCUGCUAUUGCAAAAGAUAAGAAACACCUUUCUUUGGAGGUCUGCAUGUUGCAGUUUUUCUAUGCUUACGUCCAGAGGAUUCCAGUUUCCAGCCUUGUGGACAGCUGGCCGUCUUUGCUGGCUCUGCUCAAGGACUCUGUACAGUUGGGCCUGCCCGCCCCAGGACAGUUCCUCAUUCUAGGAGUUUUGAACGAGUUCAUAUUGAAGAACCCCAACCUUGAAAGCAAAAAGGACCAAAGGGAGCUGCAGGAUGUGACACAUAAAAUAGUUGAAGCCAUUGGUACUGUUGCUGGUUCCUCUCUUGAACAAACAACCUGGCUGAGAAGAAACCUGGAGGUGAAGCCAUCUCCUCAGAUUGUUGUGGAUGGAGCCAACCUGGAGACAGAUGUAGAAGAUUUAAUGCUGACAGUGAUGGAAGCCUCCAGCUUCACUCCGUCGGUGUACAGUGUUCAUGCCCUCACUUUGUUGGCUGAGGUAUUGGCUCAUUUACUGGACAUGGUUUUCUACAGUGAUGAGAAAGAAAGGGUAAUCCCACUGCUGGUUAAUAUUAUGCACUACGUAGUACCCUACCUCCGAAACCACAGUGCUCACAAUGCCCCCAGCUACAGGGCUUGUAUCCAGCUGUUGAGCAGCCUCAGUGGGUACCAGUACACCCGCCGGGCCUGGAAGAAAGAGGCUUUUGACCUUUUUAUGGACCAUACCUUCUUCCAGAUGGAUUCCUCCUGUGUCAGUCACUGGAGAGCAAUUAUUGACCACUUGAUGACUCAUGACAAAACUACAUUUAGGGACCUCAUGACUCGUGUGGCUGUGGCUCAAAGCAGCUCCUUGAGUUUAUUCACAAACCGUGAUGCUGAGCUGGAACAAAGAGCCAUGCUGCUCAAGCGUUUAGCCUUUACCAUCUACAGCAGUGAAGUGGACCAGUAUCAGAAAUAUCUGCCAGAUAUCCAAGAGCGUCUGGUGGAGAGCCUGCGUCUUCCUCAGGUACCAAUCCUUCAUGCUCAGGUGUUUUUGUUCUUCAGAGUGCUUCUACUGCGCAUGUCCCCUCAACACCUCACCUCUCUCUGGCCCACAAUGAUCACUGAACUGGUUCAAGUCUUUCUUUUGAUGGAACAAGAGCUAACUGCUGAUGAAGAUAUAUCAAGAACUUCUGGGCCCUCUGUGGCUGGACUGGAGACCACUUACUCUGGAGGAAAUGGUUUCUCCACAUCCUACAACAGUCAGCGCUGGCUCAAUCUUUAUUUGUCCGCAUGCAAGCUCCUAGACCUAGCUCUGACUCUUCCUCCUGAGAGCCUCCCACAGUUUCAGAUGUAUCGCUGGGCCUUCAUCCCAGAGGCUUCAGAUGAUUCAGGAUUAGAAGGAAGACGCCAGGGGACUCAUCAGAGAGAGUUCAAACCUUAUGUCGUUCGGUUGGCAAAACUUUUAAGAAAGAGAGCCAAGAAAAACCCAGAGGAGGACUGCUCCACUCGCACUUUGUCCUGGGAGCCUGGUCAUCUAAUGUUGACCCUUUAUGUGAUCCGGAGCCUUGAACAGCUACUGCCCUUUUUCAACUUGCUCAGUCAAGUUUUCAACAGCAAAUGCAGCAGCAGAACAGGCCCUGCCUACAGCCACAACCUCUCGGACGCCUCAUUCCCAGGAAACAAGGAAGGCCAUAAGCUGGAGAGCCAGAAGGUCUUUUGGAGCAGAGCUAGACAGAACAUUGAGGAGAUGGUGGAGAAAGACUUUCUUGAGGGCCUUAUCAAAACAUAAAUUGAAGUAUACAGAUCAAUACUAGUGACAAACCUCAGUUUGUACAUGAAAAACAAGGGAUUAUCAAGGGGAAAUAGUUUGUACAUGUUUUGUAUUUAUUAUAAUUUUAAUUUUCAAAGCCAUUGUAUUUAAUUUUAAUUAUCUGUAAAUAUGGGGCAGAGCUUUGAAGACUUAGAUAUUUCAUGUACGUCCUUCAGGACAGUGUAAAGAUGCUGUGCCAUUCCAUAUCGAUGUGACUUAAUAAAGAUUUCUAUGAAGGGUUA